UCUCUCUCUCUCUAACGUUAUCUUUGUGUUCUACAGUGUUAUCCCCAAUUCUUAAACCCUAACCCUAACCCUAAUUUCAUUCAUUGUAAUUGGGCCUUUUCUUUUUAGCGCACUCCUUAAUCAAUUCAUCGUUUUUCAAUAAUGUGAAUUGUUUCUGAUAAGCUGAAAAGAUGCUUGCGAAGGGUUCUGAACUUGGUGGGAAUAUUUGGAGAGAAUUGCCAAGAAAUUCUUCAUCAGUUGUCUCAAACACUCCGCAAAAGAGAUGUUUUGAUAAAUUAUGCAGUCAACAUGUAAGUAAUCCAGCAGGAUUCUCCACAGACUGGCGUUAUCAUCCUGAAAUGGCAUACAACCGUCACUGGAUAAGAAAAAGAAUUUUUGAAAUCAUUCAGAAUGAGCAAUUUGCCCCUAUGCUGGAAUUAUUGCUACUUACCACUGCUGCUUCAAAGGAGGAAUAUAUGAACCUAGAGACGUUGAAUCAGCGUAUGCAAGCUCUAGUGGGUCUUUCCAAGUCUGAUGCCGCUGGUUAUUAUGACGUUCCAGAAGGGAGACUAUCUGACCCUUUUAUUGUUCAUGGCCUGCCUUGCGUUCCUGAUGAUGGUUCGCCAACCCCCCUACUUGCUGAUAUGUGUGUGCUUCCUAACUUACCCGUUUUGUAUGGUGGAAGCAAUCUGGAUGCUAACACCAGAUCAAGUAGCAACUAUUUUCCUCUGAAACACGCAAAUAAUGUGGAGAUGAAUCUGUCAAAACAGAGAGAUUGUUUGGGGUUUAUCCAAAAUAACGAGUCUACGAGUUUUCCUACUUCAAUGGGAAAGUCCAUUCAAUUUGAAGAUUUACAUUCGACAUUCCCUAAACUUGUUUCAGCGGAUAUUUCGGAACAAUCCAAUCUUUCUCCUGGCACGAGUUCGUGCUUAGAACUGGAAGAUACAAGGCGAAAUAAAUCCCAGGAGUUGGAUUUUCAGAACAGUUUCACUCAUGCCAUGUUACAACCUACGAAAAGACAGAAAAUGACAGAGUUUGCUUUUGACGUCUCUUGGGUUAAUGAUGCAAGUUCUGAUCAAUCGACUUACGAGAUGGCUCAAUCUUGUUCUUUUGAAACACUUUCAGAAGUGCAGCAACAGUUAGAGACUAUCGAGUCUGGAAUGAUUCCCUCAAAAGGCUUAGAGUCUGGCAUGAUAUACAGCAGAAACUCAAUGGAAAUCAACAGUAGGCCUACUCUCAGGAAGGAGCUUAAAGAUAUUGAUGACGAUGAAGAGGACAUACAAGGCAGAACUGGAUUCAUCCAGGAGGGGGUAAAUGCUAAAAAAGAACUUAUUAUUGUUCAUGUGGGUGAAGAGGACAUUCAAGGCAGAACUGGAUUCAUCCAGGAUGGGAUAAACGAUAAAAAAGAAAUCAUUGAGUCAAAAGAUGAUCAAGAGAAGCAAACAAAAUCCCCAAAUACAAUAGUUGAGGCUGUUUCCUUGAUUGAUUUGUUCACACGUGAUCAAAUAGAAGAACAUAUUAGUAGUCUGAGAAAGGAAUCUGUUCAGAUUACAUCUAAGGAGGAAGCAGGAAUUGAUGCAAACACAUGCCAAUUAUGUCAAAGGAAAAAGCUUUACUUUGCACCAGUGCCAAUUUUUUGUUCAUGUUGUGGCGUACGCAUCAGGAGAACCUAUUUUUGUAGAAAAGAAGAAGAAUUUGAUGCACAGGGUUGCAUUUGCUCCGUGUGUUAUAAAACUUCUAAAGGUGGGAAAAUUACAUUCAAUGGGGCAUUUGUUUCUAAGACAAAUCUCGAAAAAAAGAAUAACGAUGAAGUUUUUGAAGAACCCUGGGUUGAAUGCAAUAAAUGCAAAAGAUGGCAGCAUCAAAUAUGUGCACUCUACAACAACAAAAGAGAUUUGGAUUCCAGUGCUGAGUAUAUAUGUCCUGUAUGCCGCUUAAAAGAAAUUGAAAACGGAAUUCAUGUUCCUUUACCAAAAGCUGCUAAUUUUGGUGCUAAGGACUUGCCAAGAACCAUGCUUAGUGACCACUUGGAAAAAAGACUUUUUGAGCGUCUCGUAGAAGAGAGAGCAAACUGGGAAAAAGUUGAAGGGAAUGAGAAUCUUGAUAAGGUUUCAGCAGCAGAAAGUCUUUCUAUUAGAGAAGUGUUAUCUGUCGACAAACAAUUGAAAGUGAAUAAGCUGUUUCUGGACAUCAUUCCAGAGGAAAAUUACCCUGCCGAAUUCUCUUAUAGAUCAAGAGUUAUUCUUCUGUUUCAGCAGAUUGAAGGAGUAGAUAUAUGCAUUUUUGGAAUGUACGCCCAGGAGUUCGGCUCCGAAUGCGGCAAUCCAAAUCAGCGUUGUGUACACAUUUCAUAUCUUGAUUCUGUCAAGUAUUUUAGGCCUGAGAGAAGGACAAAGAGUGGAGAAGCCCUUCGUACCUUUGUUUACCAUGAGAUAUUGAUUGGAUACCUUGAUUUUUGUAAGAAACGGGGUUUCUCAACUUGCUACAUAUGGGCCUGUGCUCCUUCAAGAAAAGGGGAUGAUUAUAUACUAUAUUGUCAUCCUGAAGAGCAAAAGACUCCGAAGAAUGAUAAGCUACGCCGUUGGUAUCUUUCUAUGAUAAAAAAGGCUACUGAAGAAAAUAUUAUUGUUGGUUUAACCAACGUAUAUGAUCAUUUCUUUGUUCCUACUGAAAAAGGGAACUCCAAGGUGACAACUUCUCGAUUGCCAUACUUUGAUGGAGACUACUGGUGCGGUUAUGUUAUGGAAGCAGCCAGGACCAUUGAAAAAGAGAGCGGAGGAGACUAUGAAAAGAUGUUGAAGAAACAGGUACCAAAUAGAGCUUUAAAGACCAUGGGACAUGCCAAUCCUUCUAAAGACACCGCCAAAGACAUUCUGGUGAUGCAAAAAGUUGGCCAAAAGAUAUUGCCUACCAGGGAAAACUUCAUCAUAGCUCACUUGCAGUAUUCAUGCAUACACUGCCAUGAAGUGAUAGUGUCUGGGAAGCGAUGGUUUUGCACUGAAUGCAAGAAAUUUCAGGAGUGUGAAAGAUGCCAUAGUUCUGAUGCACACAUUUCAAAGAAUGGCGAGGUGCAUGCACUAUGUCAGGCUGUUGUUGAUGAUAUUCCCUCCAACACUAUGCAUAAUGAUAUCAUCCUUGAGAGUGGAUUAUUUGAAAAUAGGAACAGCCUUUUGAGUUUUUGCCAGAAGUAUCAAUUUCAGUUUGACAUACUCCGCCGUGCCAAGUAUUCCUCAAUGAUGAUCCUCUACCAUUUAAACAACCCUACUCUGGUGACUGUUGGAAAAUGUAGCAUUUGUUGUGCACACAAUAUAUUUCAAAAGUGCUGGAAAUGUGAGAUUUGUCCAGAAUGUGCCAUUUGCUCUGCUUGCUAUAAGGAUAGAGGUGCUAACUGCCAUGAACACAAGUUGACUCAAAAUGAACUCACAUUGACUCAAAAUUAUUCAACACCACUAUGUCAAUUUGGGAAUCGUGAGUCAAAUGAGAAAACGAUGCUGAAACUGCUGGAUGUUUUGAAGCAUGCAUCUCAAUGUCGCGCAACUAAUGCUGAACCAUGCUCUUAUCCAAACUGUUCUCAAAUCAAGAAGCUAUUCUCUCAUGCUCGCAGGUGCGAAAUUCGAGUAAAUCGGGGCUGUCAGCACUGUAAAAAGAUAUGGUUUAUACUAACUGCCCACUCCAGGAAUUGCAAAGACUCGGAAUGUAGAAUACCACGUUGCAGGGAUCUGAAGAAGCAUAUAGAAUCGAAAGCAAUGCAUUCCGAAUCUUGGCGUGGAACUGCAGUUAUUGAAAGCGACGCAGCAGUCGUUGAUCAAUGAUUCUUUGUGAAUAUAGAGUUCACAGUCAACAACAAUAAGCUACUAUACAGCUUUCAAAUAAUUAGUUAAUAAGCUUAUCGAUAGCAUUGAUUUAGUAAGUGAUUAAGCAGUCAAUGUGUAGCAAUUAGCUGCCAAUUUUCGUAAGUUUUGAUGAAGCAUAUUAAAUUUCGUUGAAGCUAACUGUAUAUAAAAAAAAAAAUAGUUCAACAUAAGUGUUGAGAUUUUCAUCUUUCCUUUUUUGUGUAUAUAAUUUUGAUCAUGUAUAUACAAAGAUUAGCAUUGCAAUUGCCUUA